AUGCCUUGGUGCAGACUUGAGUCUUCUGACAAACUGGUUCGAGAGUUUUUACGCACUGGAUCUACUGUAAGGAACAAGAUGAUGAAAAAUUGGGGUCUGAUUGGAGGGAUAGCUGCUGCUAUGGCAGCAGGGGUGUACGUUUUGUGGGGUCCAAUAUCCGACAGAAAGAAAAGAAGAAAAGGCAUGGUACCUGGUCUUCUGAACCUUGGGAACACAUGCUUUAUGAACUCCCUGCUCCAGGGCUUGGCAGCAUGUCCAUCCUUUAUUAGAUGGCUUGAAGAGUUUACUGCUCAAAGCGGUGGAGGUCAGGAGAGUCCAGAGAGAGAUACACAGCUUUCUAGAACUCUCCUGCAGCUACUUAAAGCCCUGUCAAACCACGACCCUGUGGAAGAUGACGUGUUAGAUGCCGGAUGCUUAUUGGAGGCUCUUAGACUCUACAGGUGGCAUAUCAGUUCCUUUGAGGAGCAGGACGCACACGAACUCUUUCAUGUUCUUACCUCUUCCCUUGAGGAAGAGAGGGACCGGCGACCCCGCGUCACCCAUCUGUUCGACAUGCAGUCUCUUGAGGGUUCUCUGGAGUCCAGUGAGAAGAGCAUAACCUGUAGGAGCCGAGGACCGCUUCAUCCCAUUCCGAGCCUCUGGAGAACCCAGCAUCCUUUCCAUGGACGGUUAACCAGCUACAUGGCCUGCAAGCACUGUGAGCUCCAGAGUCCGGUUCGGUACGAUUCCUUUGACAGUCUGUCUCUGUCCAUCCCUUCACCUCAGUGGGGGAGGCCCGUCACUCUGGACCACUGCCUCCAGCAUUUCAUCUCCUCAGAGACCAUUAAAGAGGUGGAGUGUGAAAACUGCACCAAGAAAAAAGCGGGUGAGCUGGUAAACGGAGUCCUAGAGAGCCAAAGGACAACUUUUAUCAAACAGCUGAAACUUGGAAAGCUCCCUCAGUGUCUGUGUAUUCACCUGCAGAGGCUUACCUGGUCUAACGAAGGGACGCCCAUUAAAAGACAAGAGCAUGUGCAGUUCACAGAGUACCUGUCUAUGGACCGGUACAAACACAACAGCGCCACCUACAGGCCACAGCUCGCCAAUGGCACUGCCAAAGCCACUGGUACAGAGAGCAGCGGAGAGGACAAAGUCACUGCCAAUGGAAUAGAUCCGGAGCAUUGUAACAAUAACAAACCUUUGUCCAAUGGGACCUGUCCUCCACUCUUUCUCCCAACACCCACAAUAGGCUCUCAGUUCAACCUCACAUAUGACUACAGCUCGUCCGAGUACCUCUUCCGGCUGACGGCUGUCCUGGUUCACCACGGCGACAUGCACUCCGGACACUUCGUCACGUACCGCCGCUGCCCGCCCCCGCCCCGCGGGGCCUCCGCCUUCAGCUCGCAGUGGCUCUGGGUGUCGGACGACUCCGUGCGCAAAGCCAGCCUGCAGGAGGCGCUGUCCUCCAGCGCUUACCUGCUCUUCUACGAACGGGUGCGGACGCCGGGGCUCUGUGCCGGGGAAUAGGCCGAGAACUCCCCCGGCUGUCUCAGCGAACGCGUCAUCCAUGUGUGUAUGUGCCACAGAAAAAAAAAAACCUAGAAUUUUGUCCCCCCCUAGGGAAGUUCCCCUCUGGCACCAGUCGUCCAUCAGUCCCACGAUCUGUCCUGUCGAUUGUGUUGUAUCUGAACUCUCUGAUGGAGGUGGAUGGAGAGCCGCGUCGCCGGGGAUCCAGGAGCUGCAGUUUUAGACCGGCAACGUCGAGCCAGUUGUUUGGAUCCUCCGCUAGGUUUUGAACGAAUGGCAACCACGUUGGCCCUGACUCUGACCCAAACGCUUACCCUGACGCUGAUCUCGAAAGGACGGAUUCAGGAGCGAAAAGCUGGGCGUGAACUUAGUCGAUCUAAGAUUGUGGCUCAAGGGUAAGAGCUACGCCAAAACCUGCUGGCGUAGGGCGUAGUUCUUCGGGGCGAGGGAACCGGAGGGAAUUUUCUGUCUCGGGUCAUGUCUUUCAGAUAGCACCGAGUCUGUUUCUUUUUUCUUUUUCUUUUUUUAAAUUCCCGUCGUGUGUGUGGCAUGUAUUCUCUUGCCAUUCUCUUUAACACUCUUUU